AUGGCGGGUCCCUGGUGGAGCCGCUGUCGGAGCUGGAGCUCAAACUGUACGAGGGCGGCUGUGUUCGAAUCCCUGCGGGGUUUGAGUGGCCGGUCCGGGGCUGUGACCGAGGCUCUGACCCCGGGCCGGGCGUCCUGGAGCUCCAGGCCCCGAAGCGAGGCACAGCCGUCGACAAACCUGAAAAUAUUCAACUUUACCUCAUCUCUAAACAGACUCAAGCCCCGGUUGCUGUGUCCCACGCUGCAGCCGUGCUGCUGCAGGACGAUUCACAGCGACGCUAAGGUCCAGGACCCGUUCACGUUAGCCCAGAAAGACCUGACAAGUUUAUACGAUGAUAUCAAAAAGGAGCUGUUUGUGUCUAAAGAAGAGCUGAAGUUUCUCUGUGAUUAUUACUUUGAUGGAAAAGGAAAAGCGAUCCGACCGAUGAUUGUCGUCCUGAUGGCGCGAGCUCUCAACAUCCACAGCAACCGAGCAGGAGACCUGCUCCCGGGGCAGAGGGCCAUCGCCAUGAUCUCAGAGAUGAUUCACACCGCCAGUCUGGUGCACGACGACGUCAUCGACGGCUCAGAUAAGCGUCGUGGAAAGGGAACGAUCCAUGAAGUGUGGGGUGAAAGAAAGGCGAUCUUGGCUGGAGAUUUCAUUCUCUCAGCCGCCUCCUUGGCCUUGGCUCGUAUUGGUAACAUCACUGUGGUUAAGGUUCUGUCGCAAGUCAUAGAAGACCUGGUCAGAGGUGAGUUCAUGCAGCUGGGCUCCAAAGAGAACGAGAACGAGCGAUUCAAGCACUACCUCGAGAAAACCUUCAAGAAGACGGCGAGUCUCAUUGCAAACAGUUGUAAAGCAGUAUGUACGUUCUGUCUCCACACAAAUACAAGAGAGAUGGACAGAAGCCUCAGUUUCUGCAUGAAAGUAUCUUUGUUGACUGCCUGUCCUCCUUUGUUUUUCUUCAAGGUUUCCAUUCUGGUAAACCCUGAUCCUGAUGUUCAUGAAAUCGCCUUCCAGUUCGGGAAGAAUGUCGGCAUCGCAUUCCAGCUCGUGGACGACGUGUUGGACUUCACAUCAGGAGCCAGUCAGCUGGGGAAACCAUCAGCUGCAGAUCUCAAACUGGGUUUAGCCACUGGACCAGUUCUGUUUGCCUGUCAGCAGUUUCCUGAGCUUCAUGCAAUGAUCAUGAGACGGUUCAGCUCUGAUGGAGAUGUAGAUCGAGCCUGGAAAUACGUCCUUCAGAGUGAUGGCGUGGAACAGACCAGCUUCCUGGCCCGGCACUACGGUCAAGAAGCCAUCCGACACGUCCGUAUGCUGCGGCCGUCCCCAGAGAGAGACGCCCUCAUCAGGCUCACUGAGAUGGUGCUCACCAGAGACAAAUGAGCCCCCUGUGCCCGGGGCUUCACUUCAGGCAGCUACCUGUGGAAAGGCAAACUCCCCCCGGGCCCGUGUGUCUGCACAGGGCGGGACGAAGAUGGCGAGAGAGAGAGAAGCGAUGGACGUUGGGUUCAGAUCAACCCCUGCUGCUGGUUUUAUUGCCAAAUGAGUAUGGCAGCGAGCUCAUUUGUGUCCGAGCACCUAAUCAGAAUCAUGAGAACAGCACUCGGGGGUCUAGUCUGAACGGACUCCUGUCGUUUCAUGACUCGACAUAAACUCUUAAAAUAUACACACGAGGCUGAGUCACCUCGUAAAGCUUUGACAUAUAUACACACAUCCUUAAGAUUUCAGGUCCUACAUGAAAUCAAACAGAUGGUUUUGAGAUUAAUCUGAAAGCAACACUAUGUAACGUUGACUGAACAACAGCGCCCCCUGCAGCCACACAUCAUUAAUUAUGUCUAGAGAAAUCACGCUCAGUCCCACUUCCUGAAUGGUGCAUAUUACCCAUGAUCCCCGGCUUUCUGAACCAAAGAGCUGUGGCUAAUUCACAAAACCGUGUUCACAAUUCUUCAUAUUUAAAAAUGCGAUGGGAAUGGAUUCAAUCAUCAUUCACUCUGGGGUCAAAUGAGUCUGCAGAGUUUUAAUGGGCCCUGACGUUAUGUGAUGGAAACCCGGGUGUUUUUAACUGAUCUCCAGUUUAGCUUUACUCUUCGACUUGUUGGACCUGAGGAUUGAAGCUAUGACUUCAGUUUUUCUCACAGGAGAUCAAACCCACUCACCGAAGUUUCAUAGAACAAACGUUCAGGGAAUGAAAGAGGAAACAUUCUCCAUAUUCACAGUCACUGAAACAUCAAACUCAUUCUGAAGCUGCUGUUUUAGGGUAAAAAUAGUUUCAUAGUGUUGCUUUAAAUCACGGAUGCCACCACAUCACAGUACUGUACCUGCAGCUGCCUCACACGCCUCGGUGAUCAGUCGGUUAAACACUCGUCCUGAGAUGUGGAGCAGCUGCAUUUUUCUGUUUAAUUCCAAAUAAGAUGCAUAAUAAUCAUCGGUGUGUUCGUCCGGAUCCGUGUUUGAAUUUCUGAGAUCCGUCCGCACCACCACCAAGGCCACAACGGUCACAUCUCUGUUUCUCUGACUUGUAUAAUGGUCUGAGGAAACUUCUGUAAAGCAAAGUGCCGUUUUACAACCCGGGCCUUAACAUCUGCAACGACUGUGCUCAAUAAAUCCAACAGUUUGUUUUUUAUUUAA